GGGAACGCUGGAAGCAAAAAAAAAAAAAAAAAAAAAUUCCAGCUACAAAACUGCACCAUGCGCCUCCCCUGAGUGGGGUUUGGAUUAAUCACCGGGAAGCCGUUUGUACUCAAACUAUAUUAAAUUAUGACAAACGCCUGACUAUCUCGGAGCUCCCCCGCGCUAUGAUUUCACUUUGUUUUGUCGCUUUUAUGGACAACAACCGCCGCCGCCGUUGCCCGCCUGUAGCGACUCUCCACAACUACACACAGAUGGACUAAGAAGCCGAGCACGAAUGGCGGUGUAAACCAGACAAAGUGGAACAUAUUUUCCUGCAUCCUGCUGUAGCUACCUUUUUUUCGAUGUGGGCGUUCACGGAUUACAGGAUUUUAAGUCUAGUUGAAUGAUGGCAUCACGUUGGGUUCAAGAUGAUGAGAGACAACAAGCAAGAUCUUCUUUCUGCGAGAAUGAAUCUCCAGAGUGGAGAGGCUUGGCCGAUUCUGCUGCAGCACAAUACCCAACAGACGAGGAGUUUGCAUGGCCGAGACCUAAAACCGUGCUUUUGCGUCGAACCUCCCAAGGGUUUGGCUUCACCCUGCGCCACUUCAUCGUGUACCCACCGGAGUCCACCAUGCACUGCUUCCCGGAGGAAGAUUACGGCCGCAGAGGGAGACAAAGGAAUAGGCUAGAACCAAUGGACACCAUUUUUGUGAAGCAAGUGAAGGAAGGUGGUCCCGCUCACGGAGCUGGGCUUUGCACAGGUGAUCGACUAGUGAAGGUGAAUGGAGCAAGCAUCAUCGGGAAAGCCUAUUGUGAGGUUAUAUCCUUGAUCCAAGACAGCGGUGACUUUCUUGAACUUUGUGUGAUGCCAAAAGAUGAGGAUAUACUGCAGCUGGCCUACUCCCAGGAUGCCUACCUCCGUGGCCACAGCAGCUACAGUGGAAAUGCCCGUCACAUUCCCGAACCACCUCCAGUAUGCUACCCCAGAGUAGACUGUAAGCCUACGGGCAUGGCCCAGGCAACAGACUCAGCAGAGCAGGUCUGUCGAGGGCCAACCGCACCCCCUGACCAUGGGUAUCGCAAGGAAAUCACCGUGCCCCCAUCUCCUCCUCCUCCUCCGUCAUAUCCAAAAAGCCAGAUGGCAGUGUGCAUGCGCAACGACAGCGUGAGGACUGUGGUGGUUCCUCCUGAUGCAGCCCAUAUGGGACGCAUGGGUCCAACACAUAGGAUAGAUUACAUGGACCCUGUCUUUGCAAGGGGGAGGCCUGGGUCACUGGCGCAGUAUCCUCACCCUCGAAAGGCUGAUGUCUAUCCCAGUGGUCCAGGAAUGCUUCCAUAUGGAGGCCAGGCACCUCACUACACGGCCAACCAUCAAAACAUUGAUUGGCGCACUUACCAAACGUACAGGGAGUACAUUGACAACAAAGGAAUCCAUUCCCAUGCUAGUCGGACUAUCCAGGAGAGGCUUGACAAUUUGCGAGCCACCAGUCAGACUUCUUUUGGUCCUACUCAUCACAUUACCCGGGGAGACUGGGGACCUAAGGGGAUACGACGGAGGAGUACCUCCCAUGAGCGGUCAUACCAAGGACCUCCACCCCACUUUCAGAUUGCCCCACGCAGUGCUUCACAGGACCGUGUGAGCAGUGCGGACAGAAUAAGCCAAAGCAGGAACUGGCCUCCUCGAAGCGUGUCUCAAGAUGGCCUACUGCACCAAGCCCGGGCACACUCCACAGACUAUGUUGACCCUGCAGAGCUGGCUCGGCCCGUUGAGAGGAGAGGAGGGUACGGAAGGGCGGACCAAGGUACGAGGCCCAGCAGACAGUCUGUCCCCAGACAUGCGAUGCUCUACAGGCCUUCUGCUGCAUAUAGCGGUGGAGUGAGGGCGGCACCCAAUCCCUCUCUGUACUCUAAAGGUCCAGAUUCUUUUCAGACUCGCUCCUCACCCAUGCUCUCAGACAGGCCGUCGCAUUUCGGAAAGAGCUCAAGUGCUGAACAUUCUCUCGCUGACCAAAGAGUUGCGGUCAAAGGAAACCACGCAGCCCACACUACCCAACAAGGCCUCAGUAGGAUGCGUGCUGAAACCAUGCAGCCUGUUGACGCAGGAAGAGAUAUAGCAUUGGUAGGACACAGGUCAUCUUCUUGCUCAACCACAAAACUGAUGCCUAGUAUCCUCAAACCACCUCCCCCAGACCCCCAGAGUCAGGUCAACGGGCGUAGCCCAACAGAUAGCGGGGUUGUCCUAAGAGAGAAACCCCCCUCUGGAAAGAACCCCAGCCCUCUGCGGCACCCCUCCUACAUCCUGGCUGUAACCGACGACGGAGCAGAUUCCACGGCAGAUGUGGCGGCAUGCUGGCUUCCCAACGAUGCACGUCGAGAGAUACACAUUCGCCGCCUUGGGGAACAACAUCACACCUCCUGCUCCAGCAACCUGGAUGAGUCUCUGGACUCCAUUCCAUUCAUCGAUGAACCAACCAGCCCCAGUGUUGAUCGAGAGGCCGCUCCUAUUCCACCCUCCGCUGUGAUAUCUGUUGCACCAUCCAUAACUACAGGUCCCUCCAGCCCUGGCUCACCAUGCCCUACCAUUCGUCGUCAGCUGUCACAUGACCAAGAGUCCCUGAGAAGUGCUUUACUGGAGUCUGAAACAGGCAGCAAAACAGAGCGGUCCAAGUCCUACGAUGAAGGUCUGGAUAACUACCAGGAGGAGGGCAGAGGGAGAUCUUCCAGUAAACAUAUGCCUAGUUUCAGGGGCCUGAGAAAGGCUCUGGACGGGCAUAAAUCAUCUGGUGAUUCUGGAUCUCGAAGGGAUUCUUCUUCGGAUAUCUUUGCUGAUUCUUCCAAAGAAGGGUUUCUCAAUUUUAGGCAACUUACUACAGAUAAAAACAAGCGUGUUGGUGGAGGAAUGAGAUCUUGGAAGCAGAUGUAUGCUGUUUUACAAGGUCACACCCUCGCCCUCUACAAAGACAGGAAGGAUGCACUGUCUCACGCUUCCACACAAUCUGACGAGGACCCUCUGAAAAUCAGCAUCAAGGCCUGUCUGAUUGACAUCUCCUAUAGCGAAACAAGGCGCAAGAACGUGCUGCGACUCACCACCUCAGAUUGCGAGUAUUUGUUCCAGGCUGAAGGGAGGGACGACAUGCUGACUUGGAUCCGAGUCAUCCAGGAUAACAGUAACCCAGAUGAAGAGAAUGCUGCUGUAACAAGUCAAGACUUGAUCAGUCGAAAGAUCAAAGAAUACAACAUGAUGAGUGCACCCAGCAGCAGAUCUGAACCCUCCCCCAAAACCUCCCGCCAGUCUCUCAGCAUCAAACAAGCUUUCCUGGGAGGUAAAGCAGACGGCAGGAUCCACAGCCCCCACUCGCCCAAAACCGGAGAGGAUCGGAGGGCGCUAAAAGAUGACUCCAGUCCACCCCGGGACAGAGCUGCUUGGAAAAUUGGCAUCGCAGGGAUCAUGAGGAAGCCCUUUGAAAAGAAGACUCCAGCUGGCGUCACGUUUGGUGUGCGGCUUGAUGACUGUCCGCCUGCACAGAUUAACAGGUUUGUUCCUCUGAUCGUGGAGGUGUGCUGUAAGGUGGUGGAGGAGAGAGGUCUGGAGUACACAGGAAUCUACAGGGUGCCCGGGAACAACGCCGCCAUCUCCAACAUGCAGGAGGAGCUCAACAGCAAAGGCAUGACUGACAUCGACAUCCAGGAAGACAAAUGGCGGGACCUCAAUGUCAUCAGCAGUUUACUGAAGUCUUUUUUCCGAAAACUUCCAGAACCUCUGUUUACAAAUGAAAAAUACGCUGAUUUUAUUGAAGCCAACAGAACAGAAGACUCUGUGGAGAGAUUAAAGGAGCUCAAGAGGCUGAUCCAGGAAUUACCAGAUCAUCACUUUGAAACACUGAAAUUCCUUUGUGCUCACCUUAAGAAGGUUUCUGACAACUGUGAAAAGAAUAAGAUGGAGCCUCGUAACCUGGCGAUCGUGUUUGGUCCGACGCUGGUUAGAACCUCUGAGGACAACAUGGCCAACAUGGUCAAUCACAUGCCGGACCAGUGCAAGAUAGUUGAGAACCUUAUCCAGCAAUAUGACUGGUUCUUCACUGAUGACUGUGACGAGGAUCCUGUCACCACAGCUGAGCAGGAAAGCACAGUGCAGUCUCAGCCUGUGCCCAAUAUCGACCACCUGCUCUCAAACAUCGGACGAACCGCAGCUUCACCGGGCGAAGUCUCAGAUUCAGCAUGUAGUGACUCCUCCAAAUCAAAGCAGGGCUUGUGGGGGUCAGGGAAGGAUCAGUGUAGCAAAGAGAUGCUGCGCUCCUCCUUCUUCGCCAGCCGCAAGCGUAAGAAGCCCAAGGACAAAGCUCAUCCCAGUAGUUCAGACGACGACCUGGACGCUGUGUUCUCCAAGAAGGAGCUCCCGGAGGAGAGCCAGCAGCCGCCUCAGUGGUCCCCAGACAGCCGGACCAAGGAGGAGGCGGAGAUAGAUGGAACCAGUGAGAAAGAGAAGCACAGGAGCAGCUCAGAGUUCGACAAAGCCAACAGGAAGGAGUCUCUCUCGAGUAGCCUGAUAUCGCAGCCCUCUCCCUCCCUGCCUCCAGACCACAUUUCCUCUGCCCUUCAGACCGGCUCCCCUUACACCUCACCCUCCCAUUCCCCGAACCUUAGCUACCGCAUGCCGAUGGCCCACCAGUCCUCUCUGUCAGACCCGCCGUCUAAUUACGACGACACAGUGUCCGACCUCGGUACGAUGAACAGCACCAGCUCUCAGGCGUCGGUGCCCAGAAUGAGGCGGGGCAGGGCAGCAGCUCUGGGUCCAGAAGCAGGCCCCAGCGGGCUGGGUGCAGAGGUUUGCUCCAUCACCUCCGAUUACUCCACCACCUCCUCCAUGACGUUCCUGACUGGAGCUGAGAUCAGCACCCUCAGUCCUGAAGUGCAGUCUGUGGCAGAAAGCAGAGGUGGAGACGAUGCAGACGACGAGAGAAGUGAGCUCAUUAGUGAAGGAAGGGCGAUGGAGACGGACAGCGAGAGCGACCUGUCGGUGUUCACAGUUGGAAAAACUGAUCAGCGAGAGCUGCAGGAAGCUCCUCGGCCCCUACCCUCCCACAGACUCAUCGAGUGCGAUACGCUCUCCAGAAAGAAAGCUGCUCAGCAGAAAACAAACAGCGAGUCUUCACUGGAAGGAGCUUGGAGCGAUAAAGAUUCCAGCAGGUUCACACGAGUGCUGGGCUCAGUCAAGGGUCGCUCCACAUGCAGCCUCAGCUCCUCGUCUCGUAGCGAACUGGAUAAAGCAGAGCCUGCGUGGAAGCUGAAGAUCACCGACAGGCUGAAGGUGCGUCUGCGAACGUCUGUGGAUGACAUGUUUGGUGUGGGCAGCCAGAGGAGCCGGUCCCCGGAGGGCCGCAGUAAGAAGAAGAACAUCAGACGCAGACACACCAUGGGCGGUCAGAGGGACUUUGCAGAGCUGUCUGUUUUGGGAGACUGGCAGGUCAGCAUCGGUUCAGGCUCUCGGUCUGAGCUGUCAGCUGUGGACCAGCUGAAGCCGAAGUGCAGCUCUCAAGACUUCUCCAUCCGGGACUGGAUUGCCCGCGAGCGCCACCGCACCAGCAAUCCCGAGGUCAGCCUGGACCUCUCUGAACAGCAGGGGGCACUGUGCAGCGCAAACUCUGAGAACCUCGGAGCCUCGUCCUCUUCUGAACUCCCACAUCGUCCAGCUGAGGUGUUAAACGGGGACGUCCCCCAGAGUAAAAAUCUGAGCCUUUCAGCCACCGCUCACCCACAUAAACUCACGAGUUCCCAGGUGGUCCAUUCGCGCUUCUAUCAGUACCUGUGAGAAGCGUUGGGCGUGCGUGACUGUGUAUGUUCCCCGUCUGUGAGAUGUGUACGUACUUGGGAGUCUGUCGGUAUAAUGUCUGUUGUGUGACCAAUGUUAGUGAAUGAGCAUGUUGUAUAAAAAAAAUGUCUGGAGUGUGUGUCUGUAACUGGUGUGUGUGCUCGUGAAAAGAGAAUUACUGCACACAGGCUCAUGUAGAAGGCAUGAAACAAAAUGUUGUUUAUACCAUUUUUAAUUUCUUUUGUUUUAUUUUUUUAAUGACAAAUGACUUCGGGAUAGCUGAGCAGGAGGAUUUCCUCCCUCCUAAUACAAAUCCCUGUUAUGCUGAAGACUGAGAGGACCUGUUGCUCAUCAAACAAUGAGCCUGUGAAGUCUGUGCAAGGAAGUGUGUACGGUGACCCUCGAGUUACGUUUAAAAGGUUUUUAGCUAUGUGGCUUUAAGGAUUAACUGACUUUUAGAAUGAAUAGGAAGUAGUAAAGUUGAGAUUUUUAGUUUUGCAGAGGAACUAUUUUUGUGUCAAGAAAGUUACGAUGUUCAGAGUCAGUGAGUCUCUCAGUAACCAAAUGAAGAAUGUACAGACAUGCUUGCUGUAAUACUGACUAAAAGCUUUAGAUGCUUGUGUUUCACUCUAAAGUGUACAUAUCCCUAUUUUUCUGUGUACUUGAAUUGUGUUUUUGGUACAGCCUGUGUGUGUGGACUGCCUACGAGCUCUCUGCUGUCAAAGGGGCCUUUCCAAAGGUACAAAAGGUGAUGAGGAGGAGACACUGGACUUUAUGCAAAAAUGGAAAAAAGAGUUCUUAUUUCAUCCCAGUCGUGGUUUAAAGAGCAGUGAACAACAUCCCUCUGACGCAGUUACGUUACGCUGUGUGUUUAGUGUUUGUGGUUCACACAUCUGUCAGUGAGCGGAGGUUUAGACUGCGAAGAGGAACGUUUUGAAGAAAAAGAAAAUGGGUAAAUCAAAUCAGAAAAUCAUGUUUCUUCACAAUAGGAAGUGCCUCACAAUGAAAUGUUAAGGGUGCCAUAUUGUCUUUGUUGAGACACACGAAGAUGUUACUGUGAAUGACAUUUUUAUUGUCGACUCUCAGUCAUCCUACAGGUUAUGUAACAAAAUGCCGAGCUUCCAUUCCUUAGGCAUUCCACUCUGGUCUUAACAUGUUUUAUACAUUUUUUUUUUUUUUCCUCUCUCCUGUUUUUUUGUUUUUUUCCAUUUUUUGAUUUUAACAGAACUUGAAUUUUAAAUAUUCCUUGUAAAAUAAGUAACUUAAAUGUACAUAUAAAUGCCAUGUUUUAGCUGCUUUUACUUUUCAUUUCCAUCAGAUUGCAGGAUUAAGUACAGUAUUGUGAGAUGAUGAUGAUGAUGAUGAUGAUGAUGAUGAUGAUGAUGCUCAUGUGGCCUGUGUGGGUGUUGUGGGCAGUUUGGUACUUCUCUGUGGAGAGGGGGGGACCCUGCAUGAGGAAACACUUCAUUGAGCUGGAUCGUUUGUACCAAUGCUGUGUUCCUCUGAUUGUGAGAGGGGUGUGCACAGACUCCUGAAACACUGGAAAUAAAUUUUGUCAAUGGCAAA